GUGUUUUGUGGCUCCGGUAGAAUUAAAGAAACAUCAGCGACUACAAUGGCUGCCUCCACCGCCGUAACCACCGUAUCAUACGGAGCUUCACCUCUACUUCCUUCACAAACCGCGUUAGCGAUCACUUCCCGGAGACUUUCUUCAUUCUCGCCGUCGAAAAGGUUAGACCUCAGUAAUCUGCGGCGAAGAGUCAAUGCACCACCGCCAAGGCGCGCCGUGGUUCGAGCCGCUAGAACUGAAUCAGCCGGAGUAAAAUUAGGAGCUAGAGCUCCCAAUUUUGAGCUUCAAGAGCCGCUCACUGGAAACUUAUGGAAAUUAGAAGACUUUGAACUGUAUCCAUCUCUACUGGUAAUGUUCAUCUGCAAUCAUUGCCCGUUUGUGAUUCACUUGAAGAAAGAUAUUGUAAAGCUCUGCAAUUUCUAUAUGAAGAAAGGUCUUGCUGUUGUUGCGAUAUCUUCAAAUUCUGUAGUAACUCAUCCUCAGGAUGGGCCUGAGUUCAUGGCAGAGGAUGCAAAAAAUUUCAAAUACCCAUUUCCUUACUUAUAUGAUGAGUCACAAGAGGUUGCAAGAGAAUUUGGAGCUGUUUGUACCCCUGAGUUUUUCUUGUAUAAGAAGGAUGGUCGUAGACCAUUUGAGCUGGUCUAUCAUGGUCAAUUUGAUGAUUCCCGGCCUAGCAAUAACAUACCAGUAACUGGGAGGGAUCUAAGCCUGGCGAUUGAUCUUGCUCUUAGCUGUCAACCAAUACCAUCAAAUCAAAAGCCAAGUGUUGGUUGCAGCAUAAAGUGGCAUCCAGAAACAGAGUCGUAUGUUCCAAAAUCAAAACUGAAAGGAGAGAAGAAGGCAAAGCAGAAGAAUUUUAAAAGCCUGGCCGCCAGAAGAACAUAGAAAGUGUAAGUUGUAUCCAUUAUUUGAGACUAAUAUACAGUAAUCUACUCCACGUAUCCUAUUUCGUGGGAUCGUUCAUGUAUGAUAUAACUUCAUGAACAAUAUAAGAAUGAGUUUUAG